CGCGCCUCGUCGGUCCCGUCGUCGCCCACUCUCUCGCCCGCCCAGCUCUCCUCCUCGACCCUGACCAACACACCGACUCGCUCGACGACGUUUACGACUUCUUCUUUCGAACGAUCCGACUCCGGAGCUGCUGCUGACGCCUUCGCUACCGGUGGUGAUCGUCGUCAUGAUCGUUCCGUCACAAGUCCCGCCGAUGACGGGCCCAACAAGGCUUCCCUCUUACAACCUCGCGUCGCUGUCGUGCUCAACGUCCCCAGACCUUGGCACCCGUGGCUCUUCGCCCUGAGACUGUGCUCCAUAUUACCCGCUGUCUGGUGGGGGACUCCUUCGGCCCUGCAGCUUCUCCUGCGUCUCCUGGAGCUCAUGCUUAGGAGCCAUGCUGUCCCCGGCAACUACGCCGGGGCCAACGACGAGCAGUUUGUGCCCUUAACCGAGACUACGCUGGCUGCUAUAUGGUGCUUUGCCUCGGGUUACCUUUCGUUCUUCUUUACCGAUUGCCUCAUGUCACGAUGGCUCAUAAACUACACCCCCCAAGCCACAAUCGUCCGCCUCCUCAGUAUCAACGCCGUAAACGCCUAUGUGACGUCUACCGUCCUCGAUCUAGCCGGCGGAUUCCACGAUACCCGUCUCCUCCUGCCCGGCUGGAUCGGAAUUGCAACGACCUGGACAGUCUGCUACCACAUCACCCACCAAAAGAUCAACAUCCGCAAAGAGACCUCCACCUCUCUCAACGUCUUCUCUAUAGCCAGUUAUAUCAGCAUGGUCACUCUCCUCGCCUACAUACUCGCCUUUCACCCGGGAUACCCGUCCAUCCCCGUCUUGGUGCGGGUGCUGGACGCCUGGGAAGAUGCCCGCCGGAUGGCCGCGCAAAUUGGCACUGCCCUCGAGCAGCUGAGGGAGUCGUGA